CUUGCCAUUGUCCUAUCCCAACCUCAUGCGACCUCUGUGUCGUCGAGGGAGCUAUUUUGUUCGACCUCUGUGUCAAUGGGGGAUGGCCUCAGUGCCGGUGUGGAUUCCACGCUAUCUCCUAACCUCUGUGUUGCGUGUAUCCCUUUGGUGCAACAUAUUAUCCAAAAUGAUUUAGAAGAACAAGCUGAUUCAAUAGCAGUGAAACAAUAUUGGAUGGAUAUGGAAAAGAAACAAGUGGAUGAUUUGAUUUCUUUCGAAGAGACGCGACAAAAGAUACACGAGAUCAAGGUCACUUACUACGAAAAACAAUUACAAAAAUUGUUGAAAAAUGGAAUAAGAAAUGACAAUGUCGCUAAUGUCUAUUUUAAGGGCACUAGUUCGGAAAAGGUUAAAGAACCCCAAGAGAAUGGAAAGUCGGCCUGUAAAGAUAAUUUGAAAAGAAAAAGAGAUGCUGAGGACCCGGAUUAUUAA